AUGUCCGCUUGGGAUCAUUUCAAUAUUCUUGCAGAGGUACAAAUCCGUGUAGAAAAUGUUGGAAUAUGUGGUUCGGAUCUUAGUUUCUGGAAUCAUAACGGAAUUCCGGAAUGUCUUGAAAGUAAGGAUCCCUAUGGUUUAGGACAUGAGGGCGCAGGCAUUGUGUCAAAGCUAGGUGAAGGGGUCACGUCUCUGAAGAUCGGUGACAAAGUUGCCAUGGAUCCAUUUUCCUAUUGUGAAACGUGCUCUGAUUGUAGAGAAGGAAAGUUCAAUUUAUGUGAGAAGGCAGCGAUACAUGGUUUUCCUGGACAUUGGGGUUACAUGGCACGAUAUUGUCUUGAGAAUGUUAAGCACUGUUUCCGGUUGCCAGACCACAUUAGUACAGAGGAAGGCGCUAUGCUCGAACCUCUUGCUGUCGCCCUGCAUGGAUGCCGCCGUGUUGGAGUGUCUGCUGGAAACAAUGUUCUCAUUACUGGAGCAGGACCCAUGGGUUUACUGUCAAUGAUGGCUGCCAGGGUGUUCGGAGCUACAAACAUUUGUGUUACAGAUGUGCUUGAAUCUCGUAUUAAACUGGCAAAGCAGUUAGGAGCUGAUUAUGCACUAGACGUGAGAUCUAAAGAACCAGAGGAAAUUGAAAAAAUGGUAGAGGAGUGUUUUGGUGAGAAACCACACGUUGCUAUAGAAUGUAGUGGUUCACCAAGUGCUAUAAGGGCAGCCAUACGAUCUACAAAGAGUGGUGGUCGUGUGGCACAGGUUGGGCUCGGAGAAGCAAAUGUUACUGUACCAAUAAUUAACGCAUCAUUUAGGGAAGUGGAUAUAUUAGGUGUUAGGGCAUACCUAUAUUGCACACCACUCGCAAUUGACCUUGUAUCAUCUGGUCAGAUGGACAUCAAACCUCUUAUCACGCAUAGAUUUGAGUUGGAAAAUGUCACUGAAGCUUUCGAAAAGGCACAAUCACGUGAUUGCGGAAAGGUCAUGAUCAGAU